AUGGGAAGAGAGGAAGAAUUGAAAGAGUUGGAAGAGCUCGAUAUAUUUUUCUUUCCAGACGACAAGUUGAACUUUUCCUUGUCAUCAGCCCACGUAAGAAAAAAAUGAUUUGCAACGGAAAUUUAUAAAAUUCAGACCUCGACGUCCUCCGCGUCUGUGCUAUCGAGUCCUGACGCUUCGUUGCCCUCAAUGACGACGCUUAACCAGAUGAACUACGUGCCUCUCCCGGAUCCUGAUGAAAGUCGGUUUCAAUUUCGAAAUUGAAAUCGAAAUUUCGAGUCCUGACCUGUUCCCGUAACUGCUAGGGAAAUUUGGAAAUAUAUGGUUCAAACUUGAAAUCUGAAGAAUUUGUAUAGAGUUUAUGUAAACUUCAGCCGUUAGUGACACUUUGUGAUCUUUGAGCAUCCACAUUAACCCACAAUUAAAACUGGUUUGAAAGACAUUUUGUGUUUUUCUUUUUAAAAAUUAACGGUAUUUUUUUUUUUUGAAAACGCCAUGAGGAAGUUUUUCAGUGGACGAUGACCUGUUUUUCGACUUGUCUCAAAACCCGAAAGUGCGCUCAUCCUCGUUUGGCGGCGUGACGCAGUACAGCCAACAGUUUUUGAAUGUCCGAUCGCAGUUCAAACCGUCGCUCUGUCCCAUUUCCAGUCACCCAAGCAGGUUGGGACUUUCUGUUUGCGCAGAUUCAUGAGUUUCUCGGUGAGCGCAGGGAUUCACAAGUUGAAACUUAGAAAGAUUUUCUGCCUAGAGAAGAGAAUUAUUGUGUUUAUUGUCCGUAGAAGGUCUAUUCUGAGUUUCUUAAAGAAGUACAAACUAUUAGUCGUUUUGAAUAGUCGUUUUGAGUGCUGUUUUUGGUUAUUCAAGUCUUUUCUGCCUUUCAGCUUCUUAGUGAGACUUUCGAGCAGACUUUCUUUCUAACUAUUUUUUUUUUGUCGACUUAGUUGGACUGCUGAGAAUAAAAAAAUCAGAGUAAAAAAGGAAGAAAAGAAUAGAUUUAAAAAAAAAAUGUCAAACCAAAGGGAUAACCUGAUAUUUGGGUGAUUUUUAAACUUCCUAAAAGUUUCGAUAAAUUGUCUUUCUCGCUUUUUUCUUAACAAACUUGAGUUUCAAUCAGUUAGAGUUUGAGUUUUGAUACAUAGUACAAUUUUACUGGAUAGAAAAAAAAAAAACCAAUUUGAGGGCCUUCAAUAAUAAAGUCGAGGGGUGCUCUCCUGGAUUCUCUGGUUGACUCUUUGUCUGGCUUUUUCUCUUAAUUAAAUUCAUUCACAGAUCAGGUUGAACCCUAAAAGGUUCACUUGGGUCUGAAAUUCAAGAAAAGACAGAGUACAACGUUACAUCGAAGAGUCUUGUGGGAAUAGAUUUUUUGAAAGAGAUAACCCAGGAAAUUUUUUAAGAACUUGGCGUUGUGGCUAAAUUGAAAUGUUGAAGCGAGUUCAUUCCGAAUAGGAAUCGUUUUGGGAAAAAAAUUAUUGGAAAACUGACCUUGAGAAGGCGGUCGAAAUGGAUUUCGCAUUAAAUUGGACCUAAGGGCGAAGGACUCGAAUUGAGGAUAAUAAUUUAUAUCAAAACGAUUUUUAUGAAGAGUUAGGAUUUUCAAGUUUCACUCUUUUUUUUUCUGAACUUUUCAUCAGGUUUUUUAUCCCCCGGUGUGAUGGCAUUUUCCAGGUUUCCUUGUAAGUACCGUCAAGAGGCCUGAACGAAGAAACAAGCAUAUUUAUUUGGAAGUUAAUGCCCUGUUCAAAGUGAUUCCGCGAAAUUCAAAAUGGCUGUCAGAGUGUGAAAAAGAUAACGAAACUUUGGAGAGUCAGAGAUAAUUUUGACGGAAAUUACUUUGAAAACGGCAUAACGGACGGAUUAUUCUUGUCUUCAAAGAACAGAACGAAAUAAGUCUUUUGAGCAGUUUUCGAAAGUUUUCGAUUGAAUUGAGUAGGAAAGGAGGGUCCGAACUACAAUUUGUAUGUUAAGGUGUGAGAAUAGAGGAAUAUCUUUGAUAUAUCUGGCAAUGGGGACAAUUCGACAUGGGAAAAUCACGUGAAGCCAAGGGCAAGGCUUGCACUUGGUGUGUACGCCGUCGGUCCGUCGGCGACCGAGGCAGUGGCUUCGCUCUGCUUCGUUUCUUGUGUCAGCCGUCGGUCUCACGGCCACUCAACCUUCUUUUUUCGGCCACCCUCCUGUUCGCCGCCCUAGAAGUUGCCUCUCGAAUUAUCGAUCACUUCGUCAGUCUUCUGUCGUCGUUGCUCCAUCGAACGCUCAUACCUCACUAAAAGUCUCCGUCAACUACCGUACUCUUCUUCCGUUCAUCUCUUUCUCUGACAGUUCCCGAGAAUUAUUCCUCUAG